AUGGCUCCUUUGAAAACUUUUGUGUGCAUUUGUUUUCUUAGCUUGUUCUUGUAUGGCAUCAAUGCCGUUAAAGUCACUCAUGAUGGAAGAGCCAUCAAAAUUGAUGGGAAGAGGAGGGUGCUAAUAUCUGGAUCAAUUCAUUAUCCUAGAAGCACACCUGGGAUGUGGCCUGAUUUGAUUAAAAAAGCAAAAGAAGGAGGGUUAGAUGCUAUUGAAACAUAUGUUUUCUGGAAUGCACAUGAACCUGUUCGUUGCCAAUAUGAUUUCACUGGCAAUAAUGAUCUCAUUAGAUUUCUCAAGACCAUUCAAGAUGAAGGACUUUUUGCUGUGCUUCGCAUUGGCCCCUAUGUCUGUGCUGAAUGGGAUUAUGGAGGGAUCCCUGUGUGGGUUCACAAUCUACCUGGUGUGGAGAUUCGGACGGCAAAUAAAGUGUACAUGAAUGAGAUGCAAAACUUUACUACUCUGAUUGUGGAUAUGGUCAGAAAAGAGAAACUAUUUGCUUCUCAAGGGGGUCCCAUAAUUUUAUCUCAGAUCGAGAAUGAAUAUGGCAAUGUGAUGUCGACUUAUGGAGAUGCUGGCAAAGCUUAUAUAGAUUGGUGCGCCAACAUGGCAGAGUCCUUCAACAUUGGGGUUCCAUGGAUCAUGUGCCAACAAUCCAAUGCACCUCAACCCAUGAUCAAUACUUGCAAUGGUUGGUAUUGUCACGACUUCAAGCCCAAUAACGCUAACAGCCCUAAGAUGUGGACCGAAAAUUGGGUUGGAUGGUUCAAGAAUUGGGGUAGCAGAGAUCCACACAGAACUGCUGAAGAUGUUGCCUAUGCUGUGGCAAGGUUUUAUCAAACCGGAGGCACAUUCCAAAACUACUAUAUGUAUCACGGUGGGACUAAUUUUGGCAGAACAGCUGGUGGUCCAUACAUUACUACUACAUAUGAUUACGAUGCUCCUCUAGAUGAAUAUGGAAACAUUGCCCAGCCAAAAUGGGGUCACCUCAAAGAACUUCACUUGGUUCUGAAAUCAAUGGAGAACAGUCUCACCAAUGGAAACGUAUCCGAAACUGAUCUUGGCAACUCUGUAAAGGCUACUAUCUAUGCCACAAAAGAUUCAUCAAGCUGCUUCUUGACCAACACCAACACCACCUCUGAUGCCACUGUAACAUUCAGAGGAAAUAAAUAUAAUGUUCCUGCUUGGUCUGUGAGCCUUCUUCCUGAUUGUCGAACUGAAGAGUACAACACAGCAAAGGUGAAUGUUCAAACCUCCCUCAUGGUAAAGGGAAAAACCAAAGCUGAAGAUGAACCAACAGCUUUGAAGUGGGUGUGGAGAGCUGAGAACAUUGAUGAUGCUCUCCUUGGCAAAGGAAAUUUCUCUGCAAAUAUACUCAUUGAUCAAAAAAGAGCUGCUGCUGAUGAUAGCGACUAUCUUUGGUACAUGACAAGACUUGAUCUUAAUCAAAGUGAUCCAAUUUGGUCAGAUGAUAUAUCUCUUAGGAUUAGUGGCACUGGCCAUGCGAUUUAUGCAUUCAUCAAUGGAGAACAUAUUGGCUCCCAUUGGGCCACAUAUGGCAUUCGACACGAUAAAUUUGAAACUAAGAUUAAAUUGAAGCCCGGAAAGAAUAUUAUCAGCCUGCUUAGUGUCACCGUUGGACUUCAGAACUAUGGGGAAAACUAUGAUAAAUGGCAAGCUGGUCUUGUUGGGCCCAUUGAGGUAAUUGGUAGAAAAGGUGAUGAAACCAUCGUCAAAGAUCUUUCCAAAUACAAAUGGACAUACAAGGUUGGGUUGCAUGGUUGGGAUAACAAAUUUUUCAGUGAAGACUCGCCCUAUGCUUCUGCUUCCAAAUGGGAAUCUGACCUACCCAUAAACAGGAAGUUCACUUGGUACAAGACCACUUUCAAAGCUCCUCUAGGGUCAGACCCUGUUGUUGUGGAUUUGCAAGGAAUGGGAAAAGGUUAUGCUUGGGUGAAUGGUCAAAAUCUUGGUCGCAUGUGGCCUAGUUAUAACGCAAUGGAGGAAGGUUGUAGUGAUGAGCCUUGUGACUACCGUGGCGAGUACAGCGACAAAAAAUGUGUUUCCAAUUGUGGCAAGCCCACACAAAGAUGGUACCAUGUCCCUCGGUCCUUUAUUAAAGAUGGUGUGAACACAUUGGUGUUGUUUGAGGAAAUUGGUGGGAAUCCAUCACUAGUGAAUUUCCAAACAAUUUUUGUUGGGACUGCUUGUGGAAAUACUCGAGAGAAUAAGACUUUGGAAUUGUCAUGUCAUGGACGUCCCAUUUCGGAUAUAAAGUUCGCAAGUUUUGGCAACCCACAAGGCGAAUGUGGAGCAUUUACUAAGGGAAGUUGCGAAAGCAAAAGUGAGGCUUUGUCCAUUGUACAAAAGGCAUGUGUGGGCAAGGAAUCGUGCUCAAUUGAGGUUUCAGAAAAAUCAUUCGGAAAAACAAGUUGUGGAGAUGUGGUUAAGAGGCUCGCUGUUGAAGCAGUUUGUUGAGUAGAUUAGGGUGCACAGUUUGUUAAGUAGAUUAGGGUGAUCAAUUUUAGGUGCAAUUUAGUUUAUAUUGUGGUUUUCAAAAAAAAAUGUUAUUAAUUAGCUCUAU